AUGACCACGACCACGACAACCACAACCACAACCACAACCGCCACCACCACCACCAGUACCUCGACUGGUUCCGGCUUUGACUCUGCAGAUGCUGCCUUUGUGUACAGCGUGUUUGUGGACGUGCCAUAUUCGUCUAUUGCGGACAUUGCGGCCUUUGAGACCGACCUUGCUGCCUUGAUUGACGCUGCUCUGGGCAACAGUACUGCCGUCACCACAUCAACGCAGUCGCCGCUUGUGAACAACCGCCGCCGUCGGUCCCUCCUCCAAGCGAGCGCUGGUGGCGACGCAGCAGCAGCAGCAGCGUCGCCGUACAAGACGACGGUGCUGUCCACGACAGAGCACAACUUUGGCGGUGUGGAGUGCAUGGCCAUUACGCGGCGUGAUGGUGCGCCGGUGCCUCCAGAGGACGUAUCGGCGGUGCUUGCGACCGUGAGUGCGGGCACCUCCACCAACGCUGUUGGCGGCGAGCUGCUGCUCGUGCCGCGGUCCAGCAGCAGCAGUUCCGGCGCCCAGCGCGGCCUCAUCGCAGGCGUGACCAUCGGCGUGCUUGUGUGCGUUGCUUUGGCAGCAGCGGCCAUUAAUGUCCUGCACAACUCGCGGCAGCGCAAGAACGCAAAGAAGGAGCACUUUCGCCAGCACAAGCUGCAGCGGCAGUUUUCCAAGCCAGACGACCUGCUGGGGCCGGGUGCAGGCUACAUUCAGUCGACAGUGGGGGAUGCAGACACCAGCCAUGUGCCCAUGUACAACGAGCAGGACAACGACUACGACUACGACGAGUACCUUGCGGUGCACCAUCCGCAGGUGUUUUCGCACCCUGCCGUGCGCGGCGUGUAUGCCGUCAACGCCCCCUCGUACGACUGGGGCCGCACCUCCGUGGUCGACCUUGACGAGCUUGACGCGCAGCACCAGUACGGCUUUGCCCCUGGCCUCUACACGCCACAGGGCCUCUCAGACGGCACCCCAGAUACAGAGCUCUCCUCCGCAGGAAGCAGCCCCGGCACGCCGCGCGCGUGGGCAGACAACCGUGGCCACCGCCAUGCACGUCGUGCAAGCCAGCCUACGCACGUUGCCGUUGACUCGCCAUCACGCUUCUCCAGCAGCGAGCCCGAACUUCACCGCGGGUUUGAUGUGCGGCCAACGGCGUUUUCGCUCUCGCGGGAGGCGCCCGAACCAACCCCGGUCACGCCGCAGCGCGUGCGUGUGGACUCGGAAACACUCGUCAUGCCCUCGGGCCUGGACCAGGAUGAUGGCGCCGAUGUGUUUGGUGCCGCCACACCACAGCAGCAGCAGCAGCAGCAGCAGUCUGCUGGUGGCCGUCGUCGCAGCAGUGGCAAUGGCAUUCGCUUCUCGCCUCGGCUCACGCGACGCAACGUCGUCGGGCCGUCCAUCUCGGAGGAGCCCGAGGAACCCGCUGCAGCAACAAGCACGCCGCAGCACCAGGCUGGUGGCAAUGUGCCCCGCCGUGAGAGCACGCUCGCAUGGACACCCUCCACUGCACGCGAUCAGCAGCAACAACAUCAGCAGCCAAGCACACCGCGUGGCAAGGCGAUGGUAGUUGUUGGAGAAGCGGAACAGGUGUCGUCCCCCGCGCCAUCGUCGCGUGCUGAGUCCCGCGCUGCGAUGGAGGGCCCCUCUGUGUAUGCAGCGGCAGCCAGCAGCGCUAUGCAGCCGCGUGGCCCACCAACGGAUGGUGUCGUGUACUCUGCAACGCUCACACUGGAGGGCGGCGCCGAUGUUCCUGCGGACACCGACAAUGACGAGCAGCAGCAGCAGCAACAGCAGCAGCGUGACCGCCCCUCUGUGCAGGCGUGGACAGCAGCGAGCACGGUGGAAGGCGAGGCCGAGCAGGCGUCACCCGAGCAGCAGCUACAGCGGGCACGCAGCGAACUGAGGCCCGCAGCGCAGCGCAGGGCCAGUGAGCCUGCGACGGAUGCACAGCAACAGCACCACCAGCAGCUGCGCGCCGCGUUUUACGACCGGGGCCUCACCACGCCACGCACGUCUGUGUAUGACAGCUACUUGUCGAUUGAGCCGCACCCCGACCCGUCUGUGUUUGCGCAGCGCCACGCGCUUCGUCCAACCGGCGCCGAUCUCACGCGCGAUCACCUUCCAACUCGCGAGGAUGGCGUUGUGGUUGGCGACGACGAUGACGAAGGCGAUGACACGGUGCCGCCGCUGUCGCGGAGUGCGCGCCACCCGAUGCUGCGACGCGAGAACGUUGGUCCCCGACGUCGCAUCCAGUCUGACACCUCUGUGCCCUCUGCCAACUCGACCAUCACCACUCCGCCGCUUGGCCGCUUGCCGCUGACACCGGGGGCGUGGUCGCGCAACGGGUCGUUCCUGGACCGCUCCAACAACAACAACGCUGCACUCAACAGCAGCGGCGGGUCCGCGACCUUUGGCCGCCGCCCGAGCGAGGUGUUCCCGGGCUGCGUUGCGCGCUCGCACCCAAUGGUGGUGAUGGACGCGCAGGGCCGUGUUGGUGUGACGCAGAACAUUGAGGGCGAUGACCGCCAGUGCAACUUUGUGAGCAGCCAGUGGAGCCAGGUGGCGUCGCCAAUGCAGCAGCAGCAGCAGCAGCAGCCGAUGGUGGGCGUUCCUGGUCAAGUGGCCACAACACCACCAGGUGUAGCGACAAUGACGCCACCUUCCACGCAGCCUCAACAACAGCAACAACGGCAGUCGUCGUCGUCGUCGUCGUCAGUGUUUCGGUCUGAGGGUGCGCCGCGUCUUCGUGACAGCAUUCGUGUCGCCCGUGAGCGCCAGCGCGCACUGGAACGUGUGCGUGCGCAGCGACUGAACUACCACCCCGAGGACUCCACGGCUUGA